AUACUGUGUGUUUGGAGUAAUGUGCCGGAAUACAGGAUACAUAAAGCUUGAAUUCUGUUGCUUAAAAUAAGAUCUCUUGAAUUAUGUGCUGUCAGAUCACUUUUUGCAGAAUCUGCUGAUAGCAUCAAGAAUGCAAUGAGGAAAGGGAUAUGAAAAAGUGUCAACUGUGUAUUGAUGAAAGUGCAAAUAAGGAGCUUAUUAUUUGCAUGAUGUGAUAGUUUGUGAUGAAAAAAGAGCUUUCACAAAACAGUUGUGAUGUAGACUGUCAAGCGACCUGCAAAUAGUGCAACAUGUAGUUCCGUAAAGUAAAAAACAAAACAAAAAAUCAAAAGAAAACGUCGCAUUGUUGGCAAGGACUUGUGACGAAGGUAUAUGAUCCUUAAUUCUGUGCUGUGUAGUUGUGCGCAAAGAUGAGGAAGACGAGUUUCCACGAGAGUAGCUAUAGGGCGGAAUACUGGGAAAAGCCCACUCGACGCCACACUGUGAGCGUUCCCACCAUCACAAGUGGAGGCACCAGGGAAAUGCCGACCGUUCCGAUGGGGAAGCCCCGACCCCUCCCAUACUCCUCCCAGCUCAUGCAGGGCCUGGGGAUGGAGCUGGGAGGGUUGAGGGGACCCCACAGCACCCCAUCAACAGUACAAGUGGACUUCCUGAUGCCCAACAGCAUUAUAAUCCAGCACCAUGUCAGCACAAGCGCCACUCUUGCUGAGAUUAAGGAGGAACUGUGGGAACGUGCCAGUGAGUAUCCUCUGUUUGGGACACUGCAUGAGCUCUCAGCUUACCACUUCGCUUGUGUCAGUCAGAGAUCGGAGACCCUCGAGCUCAUGGAUGAGACCAAGUGUCUGCAGGAAAUCAAUCCUUUUCUCUGUGUGCUAAAGGUGGUGGAGCGGAAGGGCAAUGAAACUGAGAAGUUACUUAACCUGCAGAUUGGUCAGCUGAUUGGCAAAGAACUUCAGAAGUUUGAUGCCCUCAAGAAUCCAGAAGUUAAUGAAUUUAGAUGGAAGAUGAAGGCCGUUUGUGAUGAGGUUGUGGCAUCGAGAAAUAAACUCACAUGGACUGAACAAGUACAAUACCAAUAUCCAGCUCGAAUUGCAGCAAAUGAACAGUUGCCGAACUACAUCUUGGACAGGCUGCAAGAUGGACAACUUUUGCUGUCUGUACAGUUUGAUACGGCAAUGCAGGUGCAGUCUACCUUCACUUUCCGGGUCAGACCGGAUAUGAAGACAGUCGAUUUCCUUGACAUGGCACUUGCAAAGCUCUCAAUAACAUUUGUGAUAGAAGAAGCUGCAGAAAACUAUGUCCUAAAGACACCUGGAAAGGAAGAGUACCUGAUAGCCGACGUGCAUUUGUCGCAGUAUAUGUAUAUCCGUGAACACGUGUGCCAAGACCAGUUUUCGCCAAUUCCCCUAGUCAUUGUUCAUCGAGGAACGAUUCAGGUCGACAUUGAUAACAUCUGUGAAAGGAUUGCCGAUGGAGUGAAGCACAUGAGGAACUCCUUCUCUGGCAUGACACUCAGCAAGAAGAAGAAUGUCACCUUCAUUUCGUCUUGGUCCAUUACGGAUCGUUUCAGCUUCCAGAUUGGGACAAUCACCAAACUGAAUCUGGAUUCAGAUGACCAGAAGGAGGUGGUAGUAGAAGCUGGCUUGUACCACGGCAGUAAUGCCUUGUGCGAGACCCAGACUACGCAGGAGGUUAGUGUGCGGGAUGGAGAAGCUGUGAUAGAGGAGACGCUUAGCUUUGGCAUUGCUGUCUGCAACAUUCCCCGAAGCACUCGUCUCUGCUUGGCCAUUUAUGAAGUAACCCGUAGUGCCAAAGCCACAAAAGCAAGAUCGUCUAUCGGCACAAGGCCGGAGUUGUACAAGAAUCCCCUUGCAUGGGUCAACACAGCAGUAUACGACUACCGCAACCAGCUGAAAGGAGGAUCAAUGUCGCUUUAUGCAUGGAAGAUCUAUGAGGAUCAGUCAGGAGAUGUGGGCAUGCCGAACCCUCUAGGCACCCUGGUCAGCAACCCAGACCAUGACCAGGCUGUCACGCUGACCGUGUCUUUCACAAAAUACCACCCUACAUCAGCCAUCAUCUUUCCCUCGAGAGACAAGAUCAUAUCUGCGGCUAAGGAGAAUCCAUCCACAGAUGAGAUGGUUCCAACUGUAAGCAAAAUGGAAGAAGUUCGUCAGAUAGCAGAAAGAGAUCCAUUAACAGAGCUUCACGAACAAGAGCGUAAAUUGAUCUGGUCACUGAGGAAUACCUGUCGACAAAAGAUCCCACACCUUUUGCCCAAACUCCUGCAGUGCGUUGAAUGGGAUAACAAAGCAGAGGUGGCAGAGAUGAUAGCGCUAUUGGAAGAGUGGCCCAAGCUGUCACCGGACCGUGCAUUGGAGCUGCUAGAUUAUGCCUACCCAGAACCUGCUGUUCGAAGUUAUGCCAUAGAGUGCCUAGCACCUAUUAGUGACGAUGACCUGCUUCUCUACCUGCUGCAGUUAGUUCAAGCUUUGAAGCAUGAAAAUUACCUGUACUGUCAUCUAGUUGAGUUCCUCCUUAACAGAGCCCUCAGGAAUAUGCGGAUCGGUCAUUUCUUCUUUUGGCAUCUGCGGUCAGAGAUGCACGUUCCCUCUGUAUCAAUUCGCUUUGGUCUGAUACUGGAAGCAUACUGCAGAGGAUCUGUGGAACAUAUGAAAAUCUUACUCAGACAGUUAGAUGCACUAAAUAAGUUUAAAGAGGUUAGAGUAGUUGUCAACGAAAACCGUUCAGUAAGAGACCGUGCAGAGAGGAUGAUGAAGGAAUACAUGAACCAACCCCAUACCCGCUCUGCCCUGUCGCACUUCCUCAACCCCAUAGAUCCCAUGUACAGAAUCAGUAACAUCAACUCUGACGAAUGCAAGUUCAAGGACAGCAAGAUGGCCCCUCUCUGGCUGGUCUUUGAGAAUGGGGACUCGCAUGGCAAGAAGAUCUACCUCCUGUACAAGUAUGGAGAUGACCUUCGGCAGGAUAUGUUGACUCUGCAGAUGAUCAAGAUUAUGGACAAGCUCUGGAAGGAUCAUGGGCUUGAUCUCAGAAUGAAUCCAUACAGCUGUAUGUCUACAGAUAAUCGGGAGGGUAUUAUUCAAGUGGUGCUGAAUGCAGAGACAAUUGCUAAUAUACAGAGGAAAAAGGGUGUUUUCUCUGCCACCUGUGCAUUCAGGAAAGGGUCUUUGUUGGCUUGGCUGAAGGAUCACAACACUACAGAAGCUAUGCUGAACAAGGCCAUUCAGGAGUUCACCCUUUCGUGUGCUGGAUACUGUGUGGCCACAUACGUUCUAGGUGUGGCUGACCGUCAUUCAGACAACAUCAUGAUCAUGAAGAAUGGACAGCUAUUCCACAUUGACUUUGGUCACAUUCUUGGCCACUUCAAGGAAAAGUUUGGUAUCAAGAGAGAGAGGCAACCAUUUGUCCUGACUCAUGACUUCAUCCAUGUGAUCACCAAGGGCAGGACACGUUCGGAGGAAUUCAUUCAGUUUAAGUCGUACUGUGAGCAGGCCUUCCUAAUUCUGCGACGAUAUGGAUCCUUCAUCAUUUCUCUGUUCGCCAUGAUGAUCUCAACUGGCCUGCCUGAGCUACAGAGUGAGAAAGACCUGGAUUACUUGAAGGAAACUCUUAAACUGGACCUAACAGAAACUGAUGCCUUGGAGCACUUCAGAUCCAAGUUUGACGAGGCUUUGUCAAAUUCAUGGAAGACCUCUGUCAACUGGGCCAUCCACUCCAUGGCCAAGAAUAACCGUUGAGACAGGCCUCCCAUUAGGCCCUUCCUAUGUGAAACUGUUAGAGUUGACAGGAGUAAAGCUCUGAGAAGGCAAGGUACACAUGGCUCGUAAAGCAAGAGAUGUGUGUGUGUGUUUGUGUAUGUAUGUAUGUAUGUGUGUUAAAAUGUUUAUACACAUGAUACACUCAUACUACCAACAGUUUUCACAGUACUUAAGAAGCAAAAGGAUUUUUUGGAGCCAAUUUGAUUAGUUGUAGGCAGGACUGGAAUACAUGUUGAGUUGGUGGAUAAUCAUAUUCUUCAGGUGAUUUUACUUUUAAAAAGUUCCUAUGUUGUAAGUUCAGCUUGCUGUUACUCUCUGGUGUAGUAUAGUGGUGUACCAGUGUACCUUAUAAGAAAACAGAGCUCUAUAUCAGACUGCACAACCUUACAGAUGACCGGUGAUACCAGCCUGGUGUUUCUAUCAAUCCUGUGACUAAAUGCAUGCUAGGGAAUCAUAUUGUAUAUAGAAGUUUUGUUAUGUUCUGUGCAUGAAAUGCAUAUUACAUUAAACUCAUGGUUUCCAUUACUUACCUGAUAUUGGAAGGGG